GGGCCUGCGGGCGAGGUGCAUGCCGGGACCGGGGGCGGCGCUCGGAGGCCCAGCGCGGGGCGGCCGCUCGCUCGGUGUCUCGGGGCGGCGGCGAUCGGAGCGCUCGGGCCGGCGGCGGAGGAGGCGGCUCCUGCCCGUCGGGGAUGGCGGACGCGGCGGCCUCCCCCGUGGGGAAGCGGCUCCUGCUGUUGCUGGCGGCGGGGCCGGGCGAGGGAGAAGCGGCGGGGCCGGAGCCGGGGCCUGCGCUGCCGUCCCGGGCCUGGCGGAGCGGCACGGUGCGGGCCAUGAGCGGGGCCGUGCCCCAGGACCUGGCGAUCUUUGUGGAAUUUGACGGCUGUAACUGGAAGCAACACGCCUGGGUGAAAGUCCAUGCUGAAGAAGUUAUCGUGUUGCUGCUGGAAGGAUCGUUGGUUUGGGCACCUCGAAAUGAUCCGGUGACGCUUCAGGGGACGCGAGUGUCCCUGACCCAGUGGCCCGCACUGACUUUCACUCCUCUAGUAGAUAAGCUGGGUUUAGGCUCUGUGGUCCCAGUCGAGUUUCUUCUGGACAGACAUUUACGUUUCCUGUCUGAUGCCAGUGGAUUACGUUUGUUUCAGAUGGGAACAGAGAGCCAAAAUCAGAUUCUUCAGGAGCAGCCUUCGCUAAGAGAAUCUGUCAAUGCGUUGAUCAGUGACCAGAAACUUCAGGAGAUAUUUAGUAGAGGUCCUUACAGUGUCAAAGGCCAGAGGGUUAAGGUUUACCAACCAGAGGAUGAAAACAGCUGGCUCUGUGGUGUCGUGAGCCAUCAGGACCCCGUAACUCGUCUCAUGGAGGUGUCUGUGACUGAGAGUGGUGAAAUAAAGUCGGUGGAUCCUCGACUGAUUCAUGUGGUGAUGGAUAACACUUCUCCAAGUGAGGGAGGGGGCCUGAAAGCAGCUAAAUCAUCGAAAGGGAAAAAGAAGAAAGAAAGUCUGGAGGGAAAGGAUGGACGCAGGAGGAAAAAUGCUUCAGAUUCUGGGUUUGAUCCUGCAACAAAGAAGCUAAAGGAGAGGGGUGAGGUGGAUAGCAAUGGUAGUGAUGGAGGCGAGGUAAGCAGAGGUCCUUGGAAAGGAGGCUCCAGUAGUGACACAGGACUGGAUCCAAGGGCCAAACAGCCUUCAUUCAUUCCUCAGAUUAAUCGCAAUAUUCGCUUUGCCACUUACACCAAAGAGAAUGGCCGAACACUAGUAGUCCAAGAUGAGCCAGUUGGUGGUGACACACCGUUGCCCUUCACUCCGUUUUCCCCUGUGGCUGGACAAGCGUUGCUAGUUGGAUCUGGAUGUAAAGAGGCAGGAAAGUCACUGGAACAAGUUGGCCAAGGCACGGUGACUUCUGCAGCUGCAGUUACUACAAGUGCUUUGACACCAACAACCGUGAGAAUCUCUGAUACCAGUUUGCCAGCUGUUACUGGACAGGAGAAACUGAAAACGGGCCGGUCACAAGCCCAGGGCGAGAAUUCCCGAAAUUCACUUUUGGCUUCUUCUGGAUUUGGAGUCUCUCUCCCAAGUGCUUCCCAGUCCUCGGUAUUUGGGAGUGGAAGGAACCAAUCAAAUGGAGUGGUGACUCCAGAAAGCAAGUCUUCUGGGUUUCCUUUCGGCUGUACUGGACCAGAGGCUCAGAAAGACUCUGAUCUGUCCAAGAACUUGUUUUUUCAAUGCAUGUCCCAAAAUCUACCUUCUAGUAACUACUUCACGGUCAUUUCUGAGAGCUUGGCUGAAGAUGCCUCUAGUCGGGACUCGUUCAAGCAGUGUACAGAUAGUGCGGGUGCCGGGAUCUGUAAAGGUAAAAUUAUUUCAGUGGACACUAAACCGGGGGCCCAGUCUGGCAGUUCUGUGGAGCGGAAGCUGCCUGUGGAGUCCAUGCCUACCCUCACUCCGGCCUUUUCACGAAGUCUGUUGAAUACUCGCCCCCCAGAUAGUCAUGAAAACCUAUUUUUACAGCCCCCAAAGCUAUCAAGAGAGGAACCGUCAAACCCUUUCCUCGCAUUUGCUGAGAAAGCAGAACUUAGUCCUUUCAGUGGCUUCGCAUCUUCAUCUCAGACAGGGGUUUCCACUCCCUCUGCACCUGUGGGUCAUAAGGCCACUUCUGGCUGGCCAGAAUCACUCACCUCUACGGACUCUUCUCUAGCUAAGAAGAAAACCCUGUUUAUAACAACUGACUCUUCCAAGAUGAUCUCCAGUGCUCCUGGUUCAGCGGUUGCUGCCAGUGUUCAGAGUCCUUCCGCUAUGGGCAAUGGCCGUUCCAGCUCACCCACCAGCAACCUGACACAGCCGAUUGAGAUGCCCACGCUCUCCUCCAGCCCAACAGAAGAAAAACCAGCUGUUGGGCCUGGGCAGCAGGACAAUCCUCUUCUGAAAACUUUUUCUAAUGUGUUUGGCAGACAUCCACAUGGCUUUUUCUCUUCACAGGCAGAGUUUCCACUGGAGAGCAGAGCCCCUUUUGAAGCUGUGAAAAGGUUCUCUCUAGAUGAGCGUAGCUUGACAUCCAAACAGGACUCAGACUCCAGUACCAAUAGUGACCUGUCUGAUCUGAGUGACUCGGAAGACCAGUUGCAGGCCAAGGCUUGUAUGAAGGGCAUCCCAGACCACCUGAUGGCAAAACUGGGCUCCAGUGCAGAGCGCAGCGCUGAGCUGCUGCUGGGGAAAGGGAAGGGCAAGCAAGCCCCGAAGGGCCGGCCCCGCACAGCCCCCCUGAAGGUUGGCCAGUCUGUGCUGAAAGAUAUGAGCAAGGUGAGGAAGCUGAAGCAGUCAGGUGAGCCUUUUCUCCAGGAUGGCUCUUGCAUCAAUGUAGCUCCACAUCUGCACAAGUGCCGGGAGUGCCGUCUGGAGCGGUACCGCAAAUUUAAGGAGCAAGAACAGGAUGACUCAACUGUGGCGUGUCGCUUCUUCCAUUUCCGGAGGCUGAUAUUUACCCGGAAAGGUAUCCUACGAGUAGAGGGUUUCUUGAACCCACAGCAGAGUGACCCUGAUGCCAUGAGCCUGUGGAUUCCUUCCUCCUCCCCUGCAGAGGGGAUCGACCUGGAAACUUCAAAAUAUAUCCUGGCCAAUGUUGGGGACCAGUUCUGCCAGCUUGUUAUGUCAGAGAAGGAGGCGAUGAUGAUGGUGGAGCCACAUCAGAAAGUGGCAUGGAAGCGAGCAGUGCGUGGCGUGAGGGAAAUGUGUGACGUGUGCGAGACAACACUCUUCAAUAUUCAUUGGGUUUGUCGCAAGUGUGGCUUUGGGGUCUGUCUGGACUGUUACCGGCUGAGGAAGAAUCGUCCCCGUAGCGAGACAGAGGAGAUCGGUGAUGAGGAAGUCUUCUCAUGGCUGAAGUGUGCAAAGGGUCAGUCUCAUGAACCUGAGAAUCUUAUGCCGACGCAGAUAAUUCCUGGUGCAGCGCUUUACAAUAUUGGAGACAUGGUUCAUGCAGCACGAGGCAAAUGGGGUAUUAAAGCCAACUGUCCAUGUAUUAGCCGGCAGAACAAAUCGGUGUUGAGACCAGCUGUCACUAAUGGAAUAUCACAGCUUCCAGCUGUAAAUCCUGGUGCGUCAGUCUCUGGGAACGAGAGCACCUUUUCCACUGGAGCAGGGACAGCAGGAGUGGGGCAACUAGAAGUGGACACUGUUCCAAAAUCUGAAGCAACUGAUGGUAGGAUAGAAGAAUCUGCAAAAACGGAGACGUCACCAGCGAAUAACACUGGUGAAAUAAAGACUAACAGGCCACUUUGUCCAGAAACAGCUCCGUCGUCGGCCUUACACUGGCUUGCAGAUUUAGCAACGCAGAAAGCAAAAGAAGAAACAAAAGAGUCGGGGUCACUGAGGUCAGUGCUUAAUAAAGAAUCCCAUUCACCCUUUGGACUGGAUUCAUUCAACUCCAGCACCAAGAUUUCCCCACUAACCCCAAAGCUGUUUAACAGCCUCUUGUUGGGCCCGGUGACAUCUGCCAACAAAGCUGAAGGCUCCAGUCUCAGAGAUCUGCUACACACAGGGCCGGGGAAGCUUCCUCAGGUCCCGUUAGACACAGGAGUCCCCUUUCCUCCGGUCUUUUCUGCAGCUUCUACGGGGGCCAAAGGUAAAGCCAGCCUGCCUAACUUCUUAGACCAUAUCAUUGCUUCUGUGGUGGAAAAUAAGAAGACAUCUGAUGCUGCCAAAAGAGCCAGUAAUCUAGCUGAUACACAGAGGGAGGUGAAGGAAAUGGUAAUGGGCUUAAAUGUGCUGGAUCCACACACUUCCCACUCGUGGCUUUGUGAUGGUAGACUGCUUUGCCUUCAUGAUCCUAGCAACAAAAACAACUGGAAGAUCUUCAGGGAGUGCUGGAAACAAGGCCAGACAUUGACCCUGUGCUGCUCUUCUGUGUUGGCAUGAACAAUACCACCCCAUAUGGCGACUUGAACAGUAUCAAGAGUGACUGUGGUGGUCAAGGCCGUGGAACCCAGGUGGUUUUCUUAAUCCUGCUGAUGAGAGGUAGAGCGGUGGAAUUAUCCUGCAUGUCAUCCAUUGUUUCUGCAGAGGGUUUCAACAAGAAGACUUUUGGUUUUAUGGUCAUGGGAGCCUCUUCGAGGAUUGAGGACGGCUUAGAAGAGAUGAGAUCCAUCUAAGUGGGGCAGAAACGUCUUUGCCAACAGUCUGACCAACCUGAUUAGGAGACGAGCGGCUUGGUGGAUGAGGGGAGAGCACUGGAUGUCUUUUAUGCUAACUUCAGUAAGGCUUUUGACACUGCGACAGCGUCAUCAGACAGACCGAUGAAGUACAGACUAGAUAAGCAGAGAGGGGGAUGGAUCUAAAACUGACCGAAAUGCCACACUCAGAGGGUUGUGGUUGCAGUCACUGGUGCUGUACCACAGGGAGCUGGUAUUGGGUUGAAUGCUAUUUAACAUCCUCAUUACUGACCUGUAUGGGACAGAACUUAUACAUCCUCACCAGCUUUGCAGACGAUACAAAACUGAGAAGAAUGGCUGAUACACUUGCGUGGUUGUGCUGCUAUUCAGAGGGACCUGGACAGGAUAGAGAGUUGGACCAAGAAGACUCUUAUGAUGUUCAGCGAAGGAAAAUGUGGAGUCCGCACCUCAGGAGGAACGGCGCCCUGCAGCGGUGCGUGCUGCGGAGCGGCCAGCUGGGGAGUAGCUUUGUCCGGAAGAACCUUGGGGUCCUGGUGGACAAGGAGGCGACGGAGCCAAGGAUGUAUCCGUGUGACAAAGGACAGUGGCGUCCGGGGCUGCAUCAGGAAGAGUGUUGUCAGCAGGCAAUGGGCAGUGAUCCUGGUCCUUCCCCUCUGCUUGGAACUGGUGGAGAUCUCCCCUGGAGGGCUCUGUCCGGUUCUGGGCUCCCCAGUACAAGAAAGAUUGGGACUUACUGGAGCAGUCCAGCGAAGGGCCGCAAAGAUGAUUAAGGGACUGGAACAUCUUUCAUAUGAAGAGAGGCUGAGAGAGCUGGGACUGUUCAUCCUAGAGAAGAGGAGGCUUGGGAGGAUGUGGAGAGGAGAUCUUAUCCACAUGUGUGAAUACCUGAGGAGAGGGAAUGAGGAAGAGGGAGCCAGACCCCUCUCAGCAGUGCCCACUGGCAAGAGAAGAUGCAGGGGGCACAGACUAAAACCCCGGUUCUCGGUGUGAGGGCCGUCCCUUUCAGCCUGAAUGAUUCUUUGGGGUUCUUUUGCUUGCCUUUUUUUUUUUUUUUUCCUGAUGGUGACAGGAGUAAAGUAACGACCCCUUUUUGUUUUCUUAAACCUCACUGUUCUGGAGUUGAGGUCUCUUUGCUGCCUUCUAGAAUGUAAGGACUAUGUUGUGUUAUAUUGGAAAACCAAGGCCAUUUCUGUUAUCCCCAAAGUUGCCCUUUUUUUUUUCUUCCCCCCUAUUCAUUUCCAAAUGAAACAUUGUCCUCCCUUUAGGGACUAAAGUGGGUACUCUGGUAGAAGCCAUUGGGCAAUCCAGGUGAAGCAGUGGUUCGUUAGCGGGGUGUUUUUAGAGCAGCGUGACUCGGGAGCUGCUUGUCUAUAGCUCUGUAGAGCUUUGCCUGAUGUGUUGAUACUGCUAGAACAUCUAGGGGCAUUUGUGCUCCCCAGGGUUCUGCUGAGCUCUUCAUGUGAGUAAACCCAAGAUCCAUCUUCAGAUCUUUGCUAAGAUAUAGAGCACAGCCUGGAACUGAUUCUUACUUGUAUAGACUCUACUUCGUACCUUCUUUUCCUUUUCUUUCAAGUCUUGUAACCGUCUGUAGGGAUUGCGAGGUGAGAGGAGCUGCCAGGGCCUGGGCCAGUGCUGGGAGGAUUGUCCAGUUUGCCUUUUCCUGGUAUUGUUGGUUUAGCAAACAGCUUGAACAUUUAUGGGGAAAGGCCACUCAAAUCUGGAAGUUAUAUACAUGGUUAGCCGAAGCAUCUUAAAACCCCUUUUGCAAGUGAGGAGUCACUUUUCUGCUACUUGGUUUUGUACUAGGGAAUUAAUGGUGAUCCAUGAUUAUACCUAAAGAAUGAGUGAAAUAGUUUAAAAACUCAUUUUGGAUAUGAAGAUUUAUUAUGAGAAAGCUUUACUACAAAUGCUGUUUCUCAUGGUAGUUGCAUUUGUGCUUAAAAAAGGGAGAGGCGGUGGGGUUCAGCCCCCGCUGUCCGUCACAGGCGGACAGACCGCAGCCGGCUCCGGCCCCGCCAGCCGCGCUCUCACUCCUCAACAGGACGGGGAGAAAACAGGGUGGAAAAGUUUGUGGGUCGAAAUAAAUGCAGGGAGAUCACAUAGCGAUUGCUGUCAGAUUCAAUUUGUGGAAAAGUAAUUGAAUUUAUUGCCGAUUAAAACCAGAGUAGGAUGGUGGGGAAUAGAGACAAAGCUAACAACACCUUAUGCCACCCAUCCCUCCUGCUUUCUAAAGGCUCAACUGUAUUCCUUCCUCCCCAGCUCUUGUACCGCAGUGGCACAGGGGGGACGGACAGUGACCGGGGUUGUGGUCAGCUCAUAACACUUCAUCUCCGCCGCUCCUUCCUCCUCGCGCUUUGUCCCUGCGCAGGACGCCGUCCUCGGGAGCUGCUCCAGCAGAGGCUCGCCAUGGGCUGCGGCUUCCCUCAGCGUCUCCCUCUGCCACGGGCCGCGCCGCGGACAUCUGCUCCGCCGGGGCUGUCCGUGGGCUGUAGGGCAGCCACCUGCUGUCGCCACGGUCUCUUCUGUGGACCGCCUUCUCCCGCUCCUUCACCGACCUUAGUGUCCGCAGAGUUGUUUCUCUUACUUCGUUUCCUCCCCCUGCCCACCAGCAGCUGCAGAGCAUUUUUUACCCUUUCCUAUUAUCACGAUGUGGCCUCAGCGUUGGCCAGCAAUGGGUCUGCUGGAGCCAGGUGGAACCGUGUGUGUCCAGCACAAGGCAGGUCCCGCGCCCACCCCAGCUGCCAACACCUCCUGCAGAGCCGGCACGCUCGCCGUAGCGAGGCCAAUCCAAUCCAAUCCAAUCCCGCUUCUGAGGCAACUGCACACGGCCUGGAACUAAGUUUGCCUUGACUCUGGUUACUUGUUUGAUGCACAAAAACCAGACAUGGAUGGAAGUAGGUUUGUGCUGUCUUUUGUAUGAUGGUAGCCAGGAGUCUCAGCUCUAAGAAAGUUUGGCUGCAUGUGUAAGAAAUGUGGU